CCUGCUUCCAUCCCGAUAACCCACCGUCCUAAAUCCAAGAACCCUCUGCACAUGCACAUAUCGCCUACACAACACCCCAAAGUUCCUCUAAAUUUGGCUACUCAUUUUCCAAAUUUAGCUCAUUCUCUCCUCCUCACAAAGGGAGAUCUACCCACCCAGUUACUUUUUUUUUUUUUUUUUUUUUGCUUCUUUGUAUUCACAUUUCUGAGUUUUUCUUCGUUUAAUGUCUCGAGCACAAAACUAUGAGUUUCAAGAAUGGUGGAACAAGCAAAGAGAGAGGGACCGCGAGCUUUUUGCCGACGCUAACCAUACCACCAACGCAUUCCUUACCGUCGAGAUCCGGAGCCCAACUUCCGACCGGGCGCCGGAGAAGGACCGGAACCGGGCUCGGAGCGCCCGUCAGCUCUCGUGGGUUUGUCUCCUUAGGUUCCAGCAACUCGCUAGCUCCCUCGCCUGGAUCACAAACUCCUUCCUCAACCUCCUCCGUACUGCCAACCGCCGCAUCGCGUCACAGGACUCGGCUUCCGAGUUCUCUAAUCCGUCACGGCUCUAUCGCAUCAUAAAGGCCUUCCUGAUCGUGGUCAUACUCUUGCUCUGUUUCGAGCUUCUUGCAUAUUUCAAAGGAUGGCAUUUCAGCCCUCCAUCGGUGGAGUCGGCGGAGCUGAUGGUGGAAGUGCUUUACGCCAAGUGGCUCGAUAUCAGGGCGCGUUACUUGGCGCCACCACUCCAGAGCUUGGCCAACGUGUGCAUAGUACUUUUCUUAAUACAAUCGGUGGAUCGCGUGAUUUUAGUGCUAGGCUGCUUCUGGAUCAAGCUUCGCAGAAUCAAACCCGAGCCGGCUAUGGAGUACCCCGUGGUUGCGGAUGCAGAGGCCGGGAGUGUGGAGGAUUAUCCCAUGGUGCUUGUGCAGAUUCCUAUGUGCAAUGAGAGGGAGGUUUAUCAGCAAUCUAUUGCCGCAGUUUGUAUCUUAGACUGGCCAAAGGAAAGAAUGAUUGUUCAGGUUCUUGAUGACUCUGAUGACUUGGAUGUUCAGCUUCUUAUCAAGGCUGAGGUACAGAAAUGGCAACAAAGGGGUGUCCGCAUAUUAUAUAGACAUCGUCUUAUACGUACAGGCUACAAGGCAGGGAAUCUAAAAUCUGCAAUGACUUGUGAUUAUGUUAAAGAUUAUGAGUUUGUGGCAAUAUUUGAUGCAGAUUUUCAGCCAGCACCAGAUUUCUUGAAGAAGACUAUUCCUCAUUUCAAGGGCAAGGAUGACCUAGCACUGGUCCAAGCAAGGUGGGCUUUUGUAAACAAGGAUGAGAAUUUGCUUACAAGACUGCAGAACAUAAACUUAUCCUUCCAUUUUGAGGUUGAACAACAGGUCAAUGGGAUAUUUAUCAACUUUUUUGGUUUCAAUGGAACUGCUGGAGUGUGGAGAAUAAAAGCACUUGAAGACUGUGGUGGGUGGUUGGAAAGAACAACUGUUGAGGACAUGGAUAUUGCCAUUCGUGCUCAUCUUUGUGGGUGGAAGUUUAUCUAUCUGAAUGAUGUUAAGUGUCUUUGCGAACUUCCAGAGUCCUAUGAGGCCUACAAGAAACAGCAAUAUCGUUGGCAUUCUGGUCCAAUGCAGUUGUUCCGUCUAUGCUUUGUUGACAUUCUUCGUUCAAAGGUUAGUUUUAUGAAGAAAGCAAAUUUGAUAUUUCUUUUCUUCCUCUUACGGAAGCUUAUCCUGCCCUUCUACUCGUUCACACUCUUCUGCAUUAUUCUGCCGCUGACAAUGUUCAUGCCAGAGGCUCAGCUACCAGCUUGGGUUGUCUGUUAUGUGCCGGGGAUUAUGUCUAUCUUGAAUAUCCUUCCAGCACCACGAUCAUUUCCUUUUAUUGUCCCCUAUCUUCUGUUUGAGAACACCAUGUCUGUUACGAAAUUCAAUGCCAUGAUAUCGGGAUUAUUUCGAUUUGGAAGUUCUUACGAGUGGAUAGUCACAAAGAAAUUGGGAAGAUCAUCAGAGGCAGACCUGGUUGCCUUUGCUGAAAAGGAAACUGAAUCUUUAGUUGAAACAUCUAGUCUCCUGAGGUCCUCCUCAGAUUCAGGUCUUAAGGAGCUGAAUAAACUAGAGGUGACCAAGAAAACAGGGAAAACUAAGAGAAAUCGCUUAUACAGGAAGGAACUUGCUCUUGCUUUUAUUUUAUUGACUGCCUCCAUGAGAAGUUUGUUGUCUGCUCAAGGAAUUCACUUCUAUUUUCUGUUAUUUCAAGGAAUCACUUUCCUUGUUGUUGGUCUAGAUUUGAUUGGAGAACAGGUUAGCUGAUUGCUUAGUUAGGGUUGGUGUUUCAAGCUCUCUCCUCGGAUAUAGCCUGGUCUGCAGAUCACAUUGACAUGGGUUUGAUCUGAAUCUCCCGGUGCUUUAGUGCAUUAUUCCUAAAUGACUCCUGGUAUUUACUGCUCUUGACACCAUAUAAAGCAAUUCUUUCGGUUGUGCUAAGCACAUGUUAAUACUCUUAUUUAUUUACCUGUUGAGUGAGGGAGUAUGUAUCUUUAAUAGUUGUCAAGCCUCAUGGUUAGACUACAGAGGAAGUUGUGUCAAACGUUUUCAAGGGUAGGAAAGAGACAUUGAAAGUUGAUAAUAUUGGAGGAGUGGAUUUUUUGUGGGGGCGAGCCCGGGUUUGUUUUUAUGUAACACAUCGUUCGUCCAGGACAAGUAAGGUGAGGGAGGCAUUGUGAGGUUACUGCAUGGCAUUCUUUGACAUACUCUUGAUUGUUUCAGUACUAAAAGAAAAAUGAUUGAAUUGUUUCUCAAGCUCAUGGUAUGGUGCAGUUCCAGUGAGAUUGAGCAUGUGUAAACUAAAUUUUGAAGUGAAAACUUUUGAUCA